CGGAAAAUCGAAAAACUGAGCCAAAUUGGACUAAAAACAAUUGGAAAAAAUUGGGUUAACCAAAAAUCGAAUCGAGUUGACAAAAAAUGAACUGAACCAAUUUGGUCCAGUUUCGAUCCUAAUUCUUGUAUUGAAAAACCAGACCGGAUCAAACCGAACCGACUAUGUAUUUUUUAAUAAAAUAUUUAACCCCAAUGCUAAAUUCUAAACGCAUAACUAAUCUUUCCCCAAGCCAAACUCCAAAUUACCUCUCUUUCCUAAGCCAAAUCACCUCCAUUUACAUAAAAUUGAACCAUUUAAAAAAUUUUAAGCUCCAAAAAGAAAAUUUUAGUUAAAUUUUGUAAAAAAUAAUUAAAAAAAGAGAAAAAAAAGAUUCCGGUCCAAAACCAGAGGGUUUUGUAAGUUUGUCAUACUUUUACGAAUACAAAGUCAAAGGCCAAAUUAUUGAGUGUAUGGAGCAGUGUUAUAGGAUGGGCUUUAUGUCUUAUUAGAGUCCACUAUAAUGAUAAGACAGUUUUGUUUUUUGAGUACAUAAGACAGUUUUUUCAGAAAAUCGAAAAAAAAAAAAAGAAAAAAAAAAGAAAAAAAAAGAAAAAAAAAAGAAAAAAGAAGGAGAAACUUAAUGCGACCAAAAAAAAUUGUCACUAGGUCAAUGUGCAGGGUGCACUCCAUUCCCUCAGCGUCUUCCCCUUCCCUUCCUACUCUGUACGGAUCCCCUGGGCAACCCAUUAAAAAACUUCCUUGCCAUGGCUUCUUCAAAGAAAUGGGCAAGCAUCAUAUCUUCCAUUGCUUCAUGUGUAUAUUUCCUUGUCAUUAUCCUUCAAGUUCCUCUUUUCAGGGUCCCCUGCACAGCUGGAAUAUGCAGAACACCAAUAGAGGUAACAUCCUCACAGUUAAUUGCAUGUGAACUUUUCCCUUUAGUUGUAGUGAAAGCCUUACUUUACCCUGGGGCCUUUGCAAAUGCAUUGAUAAAAAACAGACCAAUCCCAAGCUAUGAUAGCUUGAAAUUGUAUAACUUCACCAAUGUGAAGGCAGCUGAUGCAAUCUCUGAGCUCCAGCGCCUAGAGGUUCUUGCUGGAAGCUACUUAUCAGUGGCAGGAGCACUUCUAGGUCUCAUUAAACCGGGGAGAAUGAGCCUUUGCGGUAUGCUUCUGAUCGUAUGGGGCUUAGUUAGGGAGAUCAUUUUGAGAAAAUCAACAAGCACAAUUCAUGUGUAUAUCUACCCUGCAAUGUCAAUUGCCCUGUUUUCUGCCUUCUUGUCUAUAACAAAGGAUGUAAGGAGGAUAAUCCGUAGUUGCAGACGUCCGCGGAAUGUAAAAGCAAAACUGUUUUAAGCCUACCUUUCAAAUUCAGAAUUUUUUUUAAAUCUUCUUUCAGUUGUAUCCUUCCUUUUAUUUAUUUAUUUUUAUUUUUUUUCCCCAUGAAAAGGACUACUUGAUGUAAACGAGUCUUUAUCUUUCUCUACUGUAAGUAUAAAGAAAGGAACAGAUUUGUUUC